UCGGACCGGGUCGGACGGGAUCGGAUCUGGGUCUGCUUGCGACCAGAUUGUCUCGGUUGGUCCGGCGACCGUUCAUUAGCCGGCAAUGAUCGCAUAAUUGGUCGGUUUUAAACGGUCAAGACAAGAUUGGUGAUGCCUGCCUGCAGGUCAAGGCGUUUUGUUUUGUUUGUUGGUAGUGCAAGUCCACGUGCGACAGGGGAGGUGGUGGUGGGUGGGUCCACGUUGGAUGCCCAAUGCGUGAAGCUUUGACAUGUGGCAUGCCUAAGAUGAAUGCCGCUUCGAUCGACACGUGCCUGUUGUCCGGAGGCAAGGCGACCGGUACAGGCAGGCAAUAAGGGAGACGUCGAGAAGAGCGCGUGCUUCUUUCCACGUGCCACAUGGCGGUCAAGUUUGUUGGAGCGGUAAGAUCAAGUGUGAUGACGUGGAUAGCCGACGACCCUUCAUGUUCAUAGACACUUUGCCACGUGGCAUGAGGUCGCCGUAUCUGAUGUGGAUGUGAAUACCGUGAUGUGAGAGAAGGGAAAGAGGGGGGAGGAAAAGGGGAGGAGAGAGGAAAGGAAAUCAGCAUGAGAGAAACUUACUAGGAAAAGGAGAACGUGGUGCCAGAUCGGUCCAAGCCUCUCUCUCCUCUCUCCCCUCACUCUCUCGCACUCUGUCGUCUCCUCUCUCUUCACUCUCCUCUCUCUUCUCUCUCCUCUGGCUUCUCUCUCCUCUCUUUCCUCUCUCUUUCCCCUUUCUUUACCUUGUCUUGCACUGCCCGAGCAUCCAGAGAAUAUCUGGCUUCUUCGCCUCUCCUCUCUCUCUCUUCUCUCUCUUCUUUCUCCUCUUUCUCCUUUCCCCUCUUUAUCGUCUCCUCCCUUUUUCUCCUCUGACUCCUCUCUUUUCCUCUUACGUUUAUCAGGGUGCCUUUCUCUCUCAUUUCCUGGGCGGAGGAUUAUUUUCUCUUCUCGGAAACAACAAUCCAUCUGCCUCCGAGUCUCACAUCAGAGGUUGGGGGGAAGAAGAGCGGAGACAAGUUAGACACGGAGAGGGGGGCAUGCAGACAGACACACAGACACACAGACACACAGACACAGACACACAGACAGACACACACACACACACACACACACACACACACACACACACAGAGAGAGAGAGAGAGAGAGUCUACACACACACACACACACACACACACACACACAGAGAGAGAGAGAGAGAGAGAGAGAGAGAGAGAGAGAGAGAGAGAGAGAGAGAGAGAGAGAGAGAGAGAGAGAGAGAGAGAGAGAGAAUGGCGGUCCCUAUGAAGGAGUUAAACUCCCCAUUUCCACGCAGACCGGAGAGUCUGCCAUUCAUUGAUGGACGUUUGCUAUUCAAUCCAGGUUCGCAGCAUUCAAGGACUAUUCCAGUGGGUAAGAAUUUUUUGGCCACGUGGCUGCAGAGCGACGGCCAUGGCAUCUUGACCGUUCAUCACCGAAGCGAACCUGAUCGUGCUGUGUGGUCAUCUUACCCUGGCCGUGCAUUUGUUGGCGGGGCGUUCUGCAAGCGACACGUGGAAGAACGGUGCGGAUCCUUCGCCGUUCACGACCGACCGUUGCGGAUCUACAAUCAUCAGAGUGUGGAUAAGAUUCUUUGCGUGGAGGCGGAGUCGGACUCCGAGGAGGAGAAGGAUGAGGAGGGGGAUGCAGAAGCAGACGUUAAUGCAGAGGUGGUCAUAGGAGGAGAGGGAGAAGACCCUGAGGAGCUGAUUGUGUCAUCUCCCCCACCAUUGUACAAGGAGAGCAGUCAUGCCGUUAGCAGCAGGAGGCAGGUUAGCAAAGGAAGAAGAGGUGGUGGGAGAAGGAGGCGACAGCGCAGGGCUGGAUUGGAAUCUGCACGGUUCGAUGACCAUCCUAAGUUGCUGAUCAAGGGUAGACUGCUUCCCCCCACUUUCCAUUGGAGGAAAGAAAAACCAAGAGAGGCACAGUCGGGACUUGAAUGGCUCUCCCGGAUACAGGAGCGGCUUGAUGUCGACCCGUUGAUGGCCGUCCCGGCAAAGGAGUUGGUGAAGAGUGGAUGGGAGAAGGAGGGGAUAGGGUACUCGUUCGAGAUGUGGGAAAUGUCAGACCAUGUUCUCAGUUUUGCAGCCAGCGUGGAGGAUGCGGAUGAAGACGAAGAAGAGGAGGAGGGAGGAAGGGGCAGAGACUGGAUCUCAGAGGACGGAAUGAUGGGGAUUGAUAUAGGUGGGGAGUAUAGCGAUGUCAUUGUUGAAGGGAGGGAUGUUGGGGAGAAGGCCAGACUAGGAGGAGGAGGAGGAGGAGAGAAGAGCUCGUUCCGGCCCUUUGUGGGUGGGCAAAAAAAUGAGAAGGGAGGAAGAGGAGCAGAAGCGGAUAAAGCAUCAGGAUUUGGAGAGUGGUUGGAGAAAUGGAUGAGGGGAGAGUGGGGUGGCAGCGAUCGAGAGAAGCAACAGCAUGCUGGGAGGAAGGGAGCCAAUCGGGUGAUCUUGACCUAUCUGUCAAGUGAGGAGGAGCGUUUUUUUGGGUUUGGAGCACAGUUCUCAUAUGUGGACCUGAAGGGGCGCCGAGUUCCAAUUCUGGUCCAGGAACAGGGCAUCGGCCGGGGGGAUGUACCCGUCACUUGGUUUGCCAAUGCGAACAUCAGCAGAGGUGGAGGCGAUUGGUAUACUACAUACGCUCCGGUCCCCCACUAUGUGACUUCUGAUCUUCGAUCCUUGUACCUUGAGAACAAUGAAAUGUCCACGUUCGACCUGAGGAGGCCAGACCUGGUCCAGAUUCAGGUCCAUUGCUCAGAGAUGCUGGGGAGGAUCUUGCACGGUACGUCACCUGCAGAGUUGAUUGGCAGGUACACGGAGCUAAAUGGAAGGAUCCGAAAGCUGCCAAAAUGGAUGGUCCGGGGUCCGAUUGUCGGUAUUCAGGGAGGCUCGGCAAGGGUCCGGGAACUGUGGAAAAAGUUUCGGGACUUGAAUGUACCUUUGGGAGGCUUCUGGAUUCAGGAUUGGGUAGGUCAACGUCUCACGAGCGUGGACAAGCAGCUAUGGUGGAAUUGGGAGGUGGAUGUGGACCAUUAUCCCAGAUGGGAAGAAUUGGUUGACGAAAUGCGUUCCUCAGGGGUCCGCGUCCUGACGUACAUCAACCCGUUUGUGAUGGAGGUAAAUGAGAAGGCUAAUUACAGGAGGAGCUUUUUCACAGAGCUUGAGCAGGGCGGCUAUGGUGUCAAGAACAGGUUGGGUGACCCUUACAUGAUCGAGUACAGAACCUUUAGCGCGGCACUUGUCGACCUGACAAACCCGGCCGCAAAGACCUGGCUGAAGGGAGCAAUCAAGGAUAUGAUCAGGACAGGGAUUAGCGGGUGGAUGGCGGAUUUCGGCGAAAAUCUGCCGUACGAUUGCAUCUUGGACUCGGGAGAGGACCCGGCUGUCAUGCACAAUCAGUUUCCAGAGCUAUGGGCGUCCUUGAACAGGGAGGUGGCGGAGGAAUGGGAAGCCGAGGUUCGCAAGCGGCGGAGGGAUUUUCAGGAAGGUGGCAUGGAAAAGCGGGCAGAGGUGGCCGCAGGAGCUGAUCCUUAUCUUGCCAGGGAUAGCGAUGACGAGGAUGAGUCCCGGGACGGCAAGCAGGCACAGCAGAAGAAGCCACAACCGAGCGGGCGAGGUGAUGCAGCAGCUGCAUCUCCUGCCGGGCACGAUGCGGAGGCUGGUGCCGCGGCUAUUGCUACUGGUCCCACUGAGAAUGGCCAACAGAAGGCGGUGUCUGAGAUCAGCGAAGAUGCGAUUAUGCCCGUUAUGGAGGACAAGAACGGUGAUGAGAGCAAUGGGCAGCCCAAGGGACAAGAGGAGGAAGUGCAGAGGGAAGAAGAAGAAGAGGACCACGAGGAGGAGGAGGAAGAAGAAGAGCAGCUGGUCUUCUUCAUGAGGUCGGGGUUUAGAAAGAGCCCCAAGUCUUGCACGCUCUUCUCGCUUGGAGAUCAGAUGGUGAGCUGGCAACGCCACGACGGCAUCAAGAGUGCUGUAACGGGGAUGCUGAGCUCCGGGUUCUCCGGGUUUGCCUACAAUCAUGGUGAUGUCGGCGGAUGCACAACGAUUCCAGUGGUUAAGUAUCGCCGCUCAGAGGAACUUCUUCUUCGUUGGAUCGAGUUGGGCGCAUUUAUGACAGUCUUCCGCACUCACGAAGGGAGUGUUCCUGAAGAGAAUGUGCAGAUCUAUGACAACGAACGUACUCUCGAUCAGUUCCGCCGCUUCGCUUGUGUGUUCAAAGCUUGGGAUUUCUACCGCAUCCAGCUCGUCAAAGAGGCCGCGGCCACCGGUCUGCCUGUUAUCAGACAUCCUUUCCUGCACUACCCAAAGGACAAGAGGGUUUUCUCUCUAUCCUACAGCCAAUUCAUGGUUGGAAGGGACAUGAUUGUGGCUCCUGUUCUAGAUCGAGGCGCCAACAUGGCCAGCGUUUACCUUCCGUACCAAGGAGAGCCGGAGGAAUGGGAACACGUCUGGACCCGAAAUAUAUAUUCCACCCCGUUCCAGAGUCUCCUUCAAGCUCCGACCGGUAGCUGGGUCAAGGUUCCUGCACCGAUCGGCGAGCCAGCUGUUUUCGUCAGGAGAGGAACUCAGCUGGCUGUUCAUUUUAUUGCUAAUCUCAGAAAACAUGGUCUCUUGUUUUAGUUUUCAAAAUUUUAAAUGCUAUUGUCCCUUGUGCGCUGCGCUGUUUGUUUCCUCUAUACUUCAACCCAGUACAGAUGAGCUGGGAGCGCUGUAAUUCUAUCACCUGGCAGAGGCUAUUGUUGUCCGUCUCUUCAUCCUGUCUGCCGCAUAUGCCAUCCUGUCCGUCUAUUUGCCGCGCCCAUCUGUCUAUCAGCACUCUGAAUUCCAGAUUCAGUCUAUGUGCCACGCCGUCUGUCUAUUGGAACUCAGAAUUCAAAACCCGAUCCGUCCCUUUCCCUCCUUUCUCUUUCCUUUCCCUCCGCCGAUCUUACCGACUAGCAGCUGGCUGGAAGUUCAUCACCUAAUCCUGGGCUGUUUGCCUGCUUGUCUAUGCGUGUUUCACUUAGGUCUUCUUCGCCUGCCAACUGGAGUAGAGUGCUUUGCCUGUCCGUCCGUCGAUGCCCUUCUCCGAAUGAUGGGUAUCUCAUCUUAUUCUUAUGUGUGCGUUGCCUUGCAUAUUGCGGUCCGGUCCCUGUCUGCAUGUCUGGCAAUUACACCUGUGUCCCCCCAGGUGCACCCCUACAUAUUUUUCCUUCACGGGGGAGUGAAGGACCCCUCAUCAUCUGUCUGUUGUCUCCCCGUCCAUGGAAGGAGGGGGAGGACACCACCCCUCGCCAUCAGUGUGCUCGUCUGUCCUUCUGUGAAAGGAAUGUCCGCAGUGUCUAUAUUACCGCUUGUGUGCGGGAGGACACCACCCCUCGCUUGCGUGCAGUUCUGCAUUCGUGUCUGCAUCUUUUCUCUGUCCUUUCACUCCUUCACUAAGCAAGGAGAGGUGUUAGGUUUGUUCUUCUGUUUCGUUCUUUCCGUUCUCCAUGAAAGCGUACAUAAUACAUGUGCAUUUGUUGGUUUUUGCACAGCUGCCUGCUUCCACCUUCCCGUGGUUCCUCCUGGCAGAAGGAUUGUUUCUACACAGCGGUCUGUCUGCUUCCUCCUUUCUCCUAUGCUUCGUCCUCCUGCCCACCAGAAGGAAGAAAGCUGUUUUUCUGGCUAUGUCAUCUUUUAUUUGGUCUGCCCUUUUCUUUCUUUUCCACUGAUCUUACUUUCCUUUCCAUGUCCUUGGGCUUCUGCUCGUGUUCUUUCCAUUGCUCUCUCGUAUUAUGUCUUUGUCUUUUGCCCCCACAUCCCUCCCUGCUAAGGAGGGUGGGAAAAAAAAGGCACGUUAAUGAAGGAAGCACAGUUCUGCUCCUUCUUCCAGCCAUCUCCUUUCCUCUCUUCUUGACAAAAACGUUAUGCCGAAUUUUUUUUACGCUUUGUUAUGUUACGCAGAGUAGUGGUUAAAGCGAGAGAGUCGCUUUGUGCCGAACUCGGAGCCGCACAGUGAUGUAAUUCUCGGGAGUGAAGCAUCCGUGAUUCCGUAUCCUUCUCUUCUGUCUGUUUGAGUCUUCGAGAUGACGACAACUUUGUUUGAUUGCUUGGUAGGUAGGUAUCUUCUUCCAGCUUGCCAUCUGCAGCUAGUCUCGUCUGUUUUGUUUCUUUUUUUUUUUUUUGGCUCUCGGCUGCUUUCUUUUCAACCGACCCAUAUGUCGCUUGAGUCCUUGCUGACUGCGAAACCUUCUCCUUCUUCUUCUUCUUCUUCACCUUCUAGGCUUCCAGUUCUUUUUUUAAGCUGUUUUGGGGAUUUCUGGCUCAUUUAUUUUUUUUCUGGAGUUCUUCAAUUUUUUUUCCUCCUUUUUUCAUGAUGCGGGGAGAGAAAUGCCAAAGCAUUGCGCAAGUCUCUCUGCAUCUUUGAGGUUGUGCUACUUCCCAGUUCUCUUCUCUGAGGGUGUAGUCUCUCUGCAGCUUGAGGUUGUGUUACGUACCCAGUUGUUCUCUUCCUGAGGGCGUAUCGGACCACAUUUAGGACCAGACCUGGAUGCAUCUGACCGCAAUUACAUUCAUAAUAAAUAAAGAAGAGAAGU